GAUAAAUGUAUUAUAUCUUAGUAGAAAUGUCAAUACUAACGAGGUGUCUAUUCUCCAUGUCAGUUUAUCAGCACUUCUCUCCUGUCUGCCAGCGAGGAGGAGGAGGAGGAGGAGGUCUCUGUAGUUUCUUCAUUUACGUCACCCCUCUUUCAAUCCCUUCCUCCUUCCGUCCUGCUCUACAUACAACGUCAACGGGGGACACCACGUUCAAACUGGUUUCUCAUAUUAACACCCACCACAAUCACUUCGCCACCAUAAACCUCUUUUGGAACCAGGAGGAAGCCAGCAGGCGCCUGGUUAGAUGUGAGCCCAGGGAGAUGGCCAGACAGGUUGAUUCUGGCACUCAGACUGAUCCUGUGGUGGUUCUGUCUCUAGCCCAGGCUGCUGUUCUGGGGCUCAUCUCUCAGAAUGAGGUGUUUGGUGCUACCAUCGCUCCUAAUGGCUUCUACACAGGAGAACCUAAAGAGUCCCCUGCCCUGCCUGUAGAGGGGGUGGAUUACGAAUACGCUGAUCAGCUGAUAGGAGCUAACGGAGAUUACCUGGGAGAAAACCUGCCUGAAGACGGACACAUGCAGCCCAGCUGUAGCCAGAGGAGGUGGCACGGACCACCCCCCGAGGGGAAGAUGGUAGGGCCCGAGCGCCAUGCUGGAGUGCCUGUGGACGGGUCAUCCCAAGUGAAAGGAGAAGGGGUUAUCACUGGCCUGACGUCCUGUGUUCACAUGCUGAACAACCUGGCUACUACUAGAGGGGGAUUGGUCCAGGUUGACCCCGCCUCUCUCCGUGCCGCCGCCCAAAAAGGCUGUGCCGAGUGUGACAGAGACAUGUCCAGCCAGCAGGCUAACACACACCCUCACACACACUCCCAGGCAGGGCACAGCCAUAAAGGGGAGCCGGGGCAUCGAGGCCUGCAGGGGCAGAGGGGGCAUCAGGAGAGAGCAAGGGAGGAGGAGGAGGAGGAGGGAGAGCAGGGAAACAGCCUGAUGAAAGGAGGACAGGAGGAGACUAUCAGCAGCUACUUCCAGUCCAGCGAGGUGGGGGGGUACGAGGGUGGGGAGAUCUACCAUGAGAACAGCCAGGGUAUGAUGUGGGGCAACCAGCUGGAGCAGGGGGUAGGGGGAAGAGGAGGAGCUGGAGCAGGAAGAGGAGGGACCCAUCGUCACCACGCCCGGAGGGUUGACCGUCUAGACAUCAACAUCCAGAUAGAUGAGUCGUACUGCGUGGACAUGGGGGAGGGGCUGAAGAGAUGGAAGUGCCGUAUGUGUGAAAAGUCUUACACCUCCAAGUACAACCUGGUAACUCACAUCCUGGGUCACCAGGGCAUCAAGCCCCACGCCUGCCCCCACUGUGGGAAGCUGUUUAAACAGCCCAGCCACCUGCAGACCCACCUGCUCACCCACCAGGGAACUAGGCCUCAUAAAUGCACCGUGUGUAAGAAGGGCUUCACCCAGACCUCCCACCUGAAGAGACACAUGCUGCAGCACACCGACGUCAAACCUUACAGCUGCCGCUUCUGUCGCCGUGGCUUCGCCUACCCCAGCGAGCUCCGCGCCCACGAGACCAAACACGAGCGCGGGCGCUGCCACGUGUGUUCCCAGUGUGGCAUGGAGUUCCCCACCUACGCCCAUCUGAAGCGCCACCAGACCAGCCACCAGGGACCAACUACUUACCAGUGUACAGAGUGCAACAAGUCCUUCACCUACCGCAGCCAGCUGCAGAACCAUCUACUGAAACACCAGAGUCCUCGGCCAUAUUCCUGUUCCCACUGUGGGCUGGAGUUUGUCCAGCUGCACCACCUCCGCCAGCACGCCCUCACACACAAGGGAAUGAAGGGUCAUAAGUGUGAGGUGUGUUCCCGUGAGUUCACCUUGUCAGCCAACCUGAAGAGACACAUGUUGAUCCACAACAGCAUCAGACCCUUCCAGUGUCACAUCUGCUUCAAGAGCUUCAUCCAGAAACAGACGCUCAAAACGCACAUGAUCGUCCACCUGCCCGUCAAACCCUUCAAAUGCAAGGUGUGCGGGAAGUCAUUCAACAGAAUGUACAACCUGCUGGGUCACAUGCACCUCCACGCCGGCUCCAAACCCUUCAAGUGUCCUUACUGCUCCUCUAAGUUUAACCUGAAGGGGAACCUCAGCCGACACAUGAAGGUCAAACACGGCAUGGACAUCUCACCUGACGGACAAGAUGCUCUUCCUGGGAUGGAGGGCCAGGGCCACUAUGAGGAGGACAACUUUGACUUUGGGACCUCAGGGGCAAACAACAACAUGGAUAAUGGAGGCUCCCAGAACCUCACCAAGCUCACCACGGCCAACAUGGACGACAUGGACAACUAUUACAACUUUGGGAAGGAUACAGCUAACUACAACACGUCUUGAGCAGCAGGAGAAUAGUGUUAAUGGACUACAGACCAUUAGACACCAUGGAUUAAUGGAGAAGAGACCAUGGGUUAAUGGUGGACUAACUGCAGACCAUGGGUUAUUGGUGGACUAACUACAGACCAUGGGUUAUUGGUGGACUAACUACAGACCAUGGGUUAUUGGUGGACUAACUACAGACCAUGGGUUAUUGGUGGACUAACUACAGACCAUGGGUUAUUGGUGGACUAACUACAGACCAUGGGUUAUUGGUGGACUAACUACAGACCAUGGGUUAUUGGUGGACUAACUACAGACCAUGGGUUAUUGGUGGACUAACUACAGACCAUGGGUUAUUGGUGGACUAACUACAGACCAUGGGAAAACAGAAAGGAAAAUGUCACACUGCUGCUCAUGCUCCCAGCUGAUAUUUAUUUAUAACGUUUCCACCCUUAGGUCUUCAUCAGGUAUCCAGGACCUAAUGGUGGAAACAUUGUUAUAAAUAAAUAUCUGGGAACACGAGCAGCAGUGUGGCAUUUUCCUUUCUGUUUUCCAUGAGUUUACCUAGAACUCCAGCACCUGUGGGAAGUACCUGGAUGUGUGUAUGUUCUUCAGCUUUUGUUAAUGGAGAGGAGACCAUGGGUGGGGAAACAGACAACAUGGCUGCCGUGCUGUGGCAGUGAGAGACUGGGUUAGGGCGUGCUGUUGCAGUGAGACUAGGUUAGGGCGUGCUGUGGCAGUGAGCAAGACUAGGUUAGGGCGUGCUGUGGCAGUGAGUCUAGGUUAGGGCGUGCUGUGGCAGUGAGAGAGACUGGGUUAAGGUUAGGGCGUGCUGUGGCAGUGAGACAAAGGGGGGGUUCAUGGACUCUUUAAGAACCAGAACUGACCUGUACUGAUGGAGGGGCAGGACAUGCACUUCAACAGCCAAUUCGCUCCACCCAUCUCUGAUAGAAGUGACUCUGAGACUGACGAUUGUGUCUAGAAGUCCUUUGGUAUAUUCUACCAGACAUGAUUGGUCUAGAAGUCUUUGGGAUAUUCUACCAGACAUGAUUGGUCUAGAAGUCUUUGGGAUAAUCUACCAGACAUGAUUGGUCUAGAAGUCUUUGGGAUAAUCUACCAGACAUGAUUGGUCUAGAAGUCUUUGGGAUAUUCUACCAGACAUGAUUGGUCUAGAAGUCUUUGGGAUAAUCUACCAGACAUGAUUGGUCUAGAAGUCUUUGGGAUAUUCUACCAGACAUGAUUGGUCUAGAAGUCCUUGGGAUAAUCUACCAGACAUGAUUGGUCUAGAAGUCCUUUGGGAUAAUCUACCAGACAUGAUUGGUCUAGAAGUCUUUGGGAUAUUCUACCAGACAUGAUUG